GGAAUCAUGCAAGAUCAUUAUGAGCGCAUCAAUUUUAGACAUAUACCAAAUGCUCAGCUUCAGCUAAGCUUUACUGGAACCGUGAUGGAAGUCAUGACUCAUCUCUUGGGACCCUUAGCGCAAAUCAUUUCAUCACGAUACGGCGUCAAAGUUGUGCUUAUAGUAGGGACAAUACUUACAAGUCUUGGCCUUGAGCUUGCAGCGUUCAGUACAGAGAUUUGGCACUUGUAUUUGACACAAGGUGCUAUUUUCGGAGCUGGUGCAUCAUUACUUUUUACUACUGCACUGAGUGCUCCUCCACAGUGGUUCAAUCGUCGACGUGGACUGAGUCUUGGUUUGGUGUCCUCGGGUACUGGCGUUGGAGGGCUAGUUUUACCGUUUGUCAUGACUGGACUCAAUAAUGCUCUAGGAGCCACAUGGACCUACAGAAUAUGGGGGCUUAUAUGUUUUGGUGCCAACAUUAUUAGCUGCUUUCUGAUCAAGGAAAAGAAUCAGCGCUGGUCCUCUUCAAACAAGCGGCUUAGUGAAGUGUUUGAUCUGUCAGUGAUACGAGACAUGAACUUUAUUGUCUGGCUUGUCGGAUCGGUCAUUGCUUAUAGUGGUUUUUUGGUACCAUACUUUUUCCUACCAUCUUAUGUAACACAUCUGGGUAUGUCUAGCACAGAUGCGUCUGUGUUUAUGGCUGCAUUAUCGGUCAGCAACAUUAUUGGGCGCAUUUCUGUAGGUUUUAUCGGCGAUCGAAUUGGUAGAUUAAAUGCACAUCUGAUCUUUACCAUGGCUUCCGGUCUAAGUUCUCUACUUAUUUGGACGUUUGCCUAUUCCUAUAUUUCAAUCAUGUCAUUUGCUUUGAUUUUCGGUUUUUUUUGCAGCUCAUACAUUGCAUUACUCUCUCCAAUCACAGUUGCUAUCCUUGGAAUGAGAAAAUUUCCUACAGGUCUAUCUGUUUUGUUGUUGGCAAAUGUGGUUUCAGUCUUUGGACCUUCACUGGCUAGUGGACUUGAAAGCGUUUUUCAAUCGGCUGAGCCAUACAUGGUGUACAAGAUGUUCACAGGUGCAACUUAUUUGACAGGUGCUCUUUUCUUAUUAGCCCUUAAAAUAAAGAUAGCGGGUGGAUUAAUGACAAAAAUAUAG